GAAGCACUUGUUGGUGUCUUACUUUGACAUCAUUUCCGGUGAAGCCUUAGGGGGAAAAAAACAAAACAAGCUACAGCUAACAAGAAAAUGUAAUGUUUUUUUUAAACGCGCUUACUCGAAUAGAUGGCCACCAAAUGAGGCAAUGGUAUAAACAUUCUGUGAACCAUGAAUUUAAGAGGACUCUUUCAAGAUUUUAAUCCAAGCAAGUUCCUGAUCUACUUGUGCCUGCUACUUUUCUCUGUCUUAUUGUCCCUGAGGCUGGAUGGAGUCAUCCACUGGAGCUACUGGGCCGUCUUCACGCCAAUAUGGCUGUGGAAAGUGCUCGUCAUCAUCGGGGCCUCAGUGGGCACCGGGGUGUGGGCACACAACCCUCAGUACAGGGCUGAAGGCGAGACGUGCGUGGAGUUCAAGGCCAUGCUGAUUGCUGUGGGGCUCCACGUCCUCUUGCUCAUGUUUGAGGUGUUGGUGUGUGACCGGGUGGCAAGGGGAAACGGAAACUUCUGGCUCCUCGUCUUCAUGCCUCUGUUCUUCGUUUCGCCCGUCUCUGUGGCUGCCUGUGUCUGGGGGUUUCGACAUGACCGCUCCCUGGAAUUGGAAGUGUUUUGCUCAGUGAACAUUCUUCAGUUCAUCUUCAUCGCUCUGAAGUUGGAUGGCAUCAUCGACUGGCCUUGGCUGGUGAGUCCACGAGAUGACCUGAUGUACGGGUGCGUACAAGGAUCGUGUAGAGUCACAGGUGUGUUUGUGCAUGCACAGGUGGUGUGUGUCCCACUUUGGAUCCUCAUGUCCUUCCUGUGUCUCGUCGUCCUCUACUACAUUAUCUGGUCGGUCCUUUUCCUCCGCUCCAUCGACAUCAUCGCUGAGCAGCGGCGGACUCACAUCACCAUGGCCAUCAGCUGGAUGACCAUCGUGGUUCCGCUCCUCACCUUUGAGAUCCUACUGGUGCACAAGCUGGACAAACCCAACAGUUUGAGCUACGUGUGUGUCUUCGUGCCACUGUGGCUCUCGCUGCUCACACUCAUGGUCACCACUUUCGGACAGAAGGGGGGAAACCACUGGUGGUUUGGCAUUCGCAAGGACUUUUGCCACUUUCUGCUGGAGCUCCUCCCCUUCCUGCGAGAGUAUGGCAACGUCUCUUACGACCUCCAACGCAGUGAUGACCCAGAGGCUGCUGAGGACCCCCCGGUUCCUGAGCCGCCCCCCAAAAUUGCCCCCAUGUUCCAUAAGAAGACAGGUGUGGUGAUCACACAGAGUCCUGGCAAAUACUUUGUCGCCCCAUCCAAACUGUGCAUAGACAUGCCCGACUAAUGGCGGUGCCGGGCUAGGGCACCCUCACUCGGACUCUGUAUGAACAAAGAGCGGCUGUUGACUUUGCAGUCACAGGACAGGGUGGAGUCUUUUUUUUUUGAAGGACCUUUGACCUUCAGCGAACAUUAGAGCGGACACAGCUGAGGAGGUGAACGCGUAUGAAUGCUGCCUCGCUGUCAGAUGGGACCAUUGGAGAGACAGCCUCACAAGAGGACCUUAAAAGUGGUGGUACCAUGUUGUCCUUUUUGCUCUCUGCAAUCAUUCACGCUGCUUCCAUGAUGGUUCCACCUUGGAGGCCCCGUGCACUGAAAAAAAUUGCACUUACAUAUUCAGAGAAAUUCUUUUUCUAUUCCUGUAUGUAAAUAAGUGAAUUUGUCAUGAGGGACCAGAGCAACAGACAAAAUGCUAUAAAGGAGUCGACAUGUU